AUGGCCGGUUUCCAUCUCUUCUCUCCGCGGCCACAUGAGGAGUCUGAGGUACCCUUGCCUGGUAGAGAACGGGAGUUCGCGGCCAAGAUGGGCUGGCCUGAGCAGUCCCUGAACCCUUCGACCCAGACUUCUGGCUCUGAGAUAGAGACCGAGGUGCCCUGUGUGUACUCAAAAUGUUUGCCCACCGGGCGGUCCCACCGGCGUGGGUAUAUCUCCUCGCUACGAGAAAGCCACAGUCUGACACACGUGGCCCGGAGACCCUCGGACAGAGCCAGGAAGCACAGGUCCGGCAGCCAGCGCCUGGAAGAUGCCUGCGAAGAGGCACCAACCAAGUCCAGCAGGACCAGGCAAGAGCCGCAGCAGCAGCAGCAGCAGCAGCAGCAGCAGCAACAGCCCUGCCAGUGCUACCCUGCAGCCCGGGGAGAUUCGUCCCCGCAGUACCCAGGGGAAGCUUUCAGUCCUCACAGUGAUGGGACUUCGCUUGUAGAAAAGACACAGACUGGAGACCGGUGGGCAGUGCCGGUGUGCAGACAUGUAGGUCUCUGGUCCCCUUCCUCGGUUCUCACCGACAAGUCCUCGGGGCACUUCCCAGAGUUUCGGAAGCAAUGCACCUGUGUGUGUGCGCAGAAGAAGGGUAGUGGCGACCGGGUUGAGUCCUUAGCCAACCAGUACUGCCAGCCCUCUGGCUCCUGCAAAGAGACGAUUAGCCAGCACUCUCAGGUCCUUAAGAACAAGCUGGACGAGACAGUGAUUUCUUCCAGGGACCAGAAGAUCGUGGCCCUGGUGCUGAGCAGGCUCAAGAAAGCCCAGAGGAUGAGAGAGCUACAGCAACAAGCAGCAGUCGCCUGGGAAGAGCUGAAGCGCUCAGACCAGAAAGUCCACCUGACCCUGGAGAGAGAGCGCAGGCUGCUCCUGCAGCAGAGCCAGGAACAAUGGCAAGGCCAGAAGGAACAGCACAAGCCUCACCAGGGCCAUGAGCAAUCUGGCCCGUGGAGGGAUCACCAGGCAAAGAGCACGGUCCAGUCAGAUAGCAAGCCUGGGUGGACCUUUCAAUCUGACAAACCAGAGAACCCAGGCCCGGACAAGCUGGACAGGGCACACGGGCUGGUUGAGCACCUCAAACAGUGUCAAGCGCAUAAUCUGCGGGAGCAGGAAAGGGUGAUGCAGAGUCUGCGGGACCAUAACAGGCUGCAGGACCAGGACAGGCUGCAGCUGCAGAAGAGGCUGGAGGCAGCUUGUCACAAGAGGCAGCAGCAGCAUGUGACAAGGGGCCAGAAGAAGGUCCAGGAGAGCAAUCUAAGCUCUGUUGUCAACUUUCAGGCCCGGAAGGUUCUCAUGGACUGCCAAGCCAAGGCGGAGGAGCUCCUCAAGAAGCUGUCCCUGGAACAGAGUGCCCAGCAGUCCCAGGACAUCCGAGAAAGUCUGGUUAAGGAGAGGCGUCUGGAGAAGGCCCAGAAAGAGGCUGAGCAGUUCCAGAGAGUGAGGUGGCCUGCGGAGGAAGCCGAGGAACGGCAGGGAGUGAGCAAGCGGGCACUAGCAGAGUUGGCUGAACAGAAGAUGAGGCAGGUCAGGAGUCAUGCUCACAAGACCACCAAGGACAGGGCGCAGCACCUGCAGGACCUCAACGUCCUACGUGAGAGGAACCAUCAUACCUUGAAGGUGAGAGCGGAGAAGGAGGAGGAGUGUCAUAUUGAAGGCAUCAAGGAAGCCAUCAAGGAGAAGGAACAAAGGGGCGAGCAGAUGACCCGAGGGAGAGAUCCCACCUUCCGGGAGUACCGGAAGGCUCCCCCAGCUUCCAAGACAAACCGUCGCUUUGGCCAGGUGGCGGCGGCAGAGGCCAGCCUGCUCUUGCACCAGCAGAGUGGAGUCUUCUGA